AUGGCCAUGUCCCAGGAGUCCAAAGAUCUGGCAGAAGACAUCAACAAGUUGCACUUGAACGUCACAGGCACUUCUGGUUUGUACUGGACCCUGCACAAGUAUCCCGAGGAGCACAGCUGGGCGUGGCUACUGAGCCAAACUCAGGACCGCGCCUUGCGGAAGGUCUGGCAGUACUUUGUUCGAUUGCAGACCCUUGCCGUUCCCGACAGGGAGCACUGCAUCUCUGCCGCCAUGCGGACGGUUCUCAUGAAUGCGGCAGCGACGUGGAAGCGGCUGCUCAGUGAUCACGUUGCACUCCUGUGGAAUAGCGUCGCGUUUGGAAUACUCGGUGAUGUCACUUCUUGGCGAGACAUUGAUGAGGAGGGCCAGGCUGCAAAUGAGCCGGGUGGCCCCCCUCCCAAUGUCAGCUGGUCCGAAAAUCUCAUCUUUGGCAACAUGUUCGUUUCUUCAGUUCAGAAGUUCAUGGAGUUCCAUUCGUCGGAGGCCGAGAUGAAGGAAGUGGCGGGGCAAGCGCAGCAGGAGUUCGUGCUUGUUCGACGAGCAGAGGAAAUGGGCUUGAUUUCAGUGUGGGACAAGAACAUCGACACAGCAAAGACGGUGCUCUGCUUGGGCCUCCUACGCGGACUUCUGAGACAUUGCCUGAAGCCACGCUAUGGUACCGCUCCCCCUGUGUCUCUGGGUGACUUCGGGGCAGGGGGCGGGCAAUACAGUACCUGGCUCAACGACACGGGUCUAGUCGAGGCUGUCGCCUUUGAUGCCACGGAAGCUGUCUCAGACAUUACCGGCGGUUCGGUUUCACAGGUGGACUUAGCGGACGCGUCCUUGAACUUGGCACGGCGGUUCGAAGCUUCUCAGCAUGUCAGACCCCAGAGAAUCGGCGGUGACUUGUUUUCAGUUUGGCUUUGA